CAACCUCAUCCAAAUUCGGCUCAGUCCCCCCUCUCCAACAAACCCCCUCUCUCUUUGCAUUUGAUGCCCACCACGGAGACACGCAGCGCGAAUGGCGUGGGCACAACUGCGGACACUCCACUGACACCGUCGGCCUCCGGUUGCGCAGCGGAAGAGGGCCACACUGCGGGCGCUCGAGUGGUUACGUCAAGUGGUUUAUGCCCCAGUCAGCUCAUGGAGGCUGCCACCCUGCCUGCCGACCCUGCAGCAGCAGCAGCAGCAGCAGCACAGGCAGUCAUGUCCCAGCAAGGAUUCUUCCCUCGCUUUGCAGCGCUGGCAAGCGUGCCAUCGCCCGCCCUGACCCCGGAUUCACGGUUGCGCGCAUCGCCUGGUUUCAGCGCAGCAGUCCGUGCGCCACCCGCCGCCUCCGCCCCUUUGGGCUCAAACCAGGUCCAGGUCCAGGCCCGUAUCUCGCGUCGUGCUACUGUGCAUGGCGCUGUCGCAGGGCUCGAGGCCGAUCAUGCGCUGGCCCAGCUGCAUUUGAAUCAAGAUGCGGCGGUUUCGGACGAGAAACCGCUGAAUCCGAAUCACCGAACCCUGCCUGUCUCGACCACUUUCAAACCAUCCUCCGUUGCGGUUUCCACCCCAGAGACCGCAUCCGCUGCUUCUCCUCAAGGUGUUCAGUGGGGCUCUUUCGCCGACACCUCGGGCUUCCAGAGAGGCUAUCCGGCAGCUUGGCAAAGCCCGUUGUUGCAGGUCGCCUCGACUUCCUCGCCGCCACUCCCGUCGUCCCACCACAGUUCGCGCAAUGGUGGCAGCCACGACUUUUCACUUCUGGCACGCGACACGUUUAUUGAAGACAUUCCCACCGAAACCGGCUUCCAGGUGCUCGCCCGAGACUCGUUCGUCGAAGACAUUCGCGCGACUGGCUACCUCUUUCCGCCGAUUGCCCAUCUCAAUCCCACCGGUUUGGAUUCGAACAGACCCGCUGACACGACCCCGACUCCUCCAUUCGUCUUCCCGUUUGGAGAUGAUUUCUCGCGCACCGCAACCCCCGCGGUCUGCGCGCACGCGAUUGCACGCGACGAGCUCUCCGACCAGAGCUCGUACGACUCUCUGACGCGAGAUGCCUUUGUCGAGGAUAUUCGGAGCACGGGCUACCGCUUCAUCCACCCCAGCAUCUUGCGUGCAAACUCAACUCCGGAUGAACAGUCUGCCUCGAUGUUGCCGCGGGCUGAGCACGAUUCGGAUUCCUCUCUGACCGAUCCUGAUGAUGAGAAUGACGACGACGACGAUGAUGAUGAUGAUGAUGAUGAUGAUGAUGUCUCUGACAGCGAUCUCUUCGAGGACGGCAACGCCGAGCACGCAGAAGACGACGAAGCCCGCUUUGCUUGCGUGUACUCGAGCAGCCACUCUCUCGCGCGCACCAUCGACGAUAAAUUCUGCAACAGCGCGUCCGCUCCAGCUGUUGCUCGAAUGUCGGAUGCGCGGAGCAUGUUUUCAGGUUCUGUCACGCGGUUUGUCAGCAUGCGGCAGGUGCAACCGCAGCGUGGUCCUUUGCUGUCCCAGCACUUCACUCGCAGUUCCUCCCUCAGCUCCAUUGUCAAUCGCAAGCUUCCGAACGUUGUCCAGGAGCAGAUGCUCAAGAUCCCAACUGGAGACAAGCUCUAUGUCUGCCGCUGGAUUGACGAUAUGCACAUUUUGUUUGGGAGCAAAGACAAUCAAUUGAUCUUGUACAGCCUUCGCACCCAUGCUUGUCAAACCAUCCCGACGCUCAACGGCAGCGCGGACAGAGCCGACCAGCCUGGGAUGCACGCGAUCGCACUGAGCCCUUCUGGCAGGAUGGUUGCGACAGGUGCCUCGGACUCGAGCAAUGUGGCCGUUUAUCGCUUGCCCGACUUUGCCCCGGUCUGCGUGUUUGAAGGACACACUGACAAGAUAUUUGACUUGCAGUGGCUGGACGAUACCAACCUCCUUUCGGCUUCCCGGGACGGCUCGCUUGCUCGUUGGGCCAUUCCUGCGCCCGACGCGUCGCCUUGCCGCUUUGGCUCAAUGAUGAUGGAUGGCCACCAACCGUCCACCUAUCCCAUCAUUGCGGAUCACGAGGUGGUGUUCGACGAUCCCAACCAGAAAGUGCGGGCACUGGCAUUCAAUCCGGCCACCAACCAUUUGGGUGUUUUGACGAUGGAAGGCGGCGUGCAUUUCUUCUCGACCUCAGAGUCCGGUAGCACCGCCUCGACUGCCGGCGUAUUUCAGAGCCUUUCUAGCUUCCAGCUCGACUACGAGCACACACCGGCCAUCGCUGUGCACCUUGAAACGAACACCUUUGCCGUCGCGGCGGGCGCUCGGGUCAUGUUCUUUGAUCCUUUGGCAGACAACCCUCUCUUUGAGCUGGAGGAUGUCGGCGCCGACUGGGGCAUCCGCUCUCUUGUCUUUCGCGGCGAUCAGCUCAUCAUUGGCGGCGGCUCUGGCUUUGCGAGCCAUUUCGACUUUCGCGAGCAGGCCUUUGCGCGCGUCCGCCGUCAUGGUCGCGCCAUCAUGAACGUAUUCAACCUGUCGCGUCCUUGCACACUGCUCCAGUAUGGCGACGUUGAGGAUCAGCACGAGUACCUUCUCGAUGUCGCGUCCGGUUGGCGCAAGCAGGAAGCGACUCGCUCGGACAGUGACUUUGCGGUGCUCUCCGUCGCAUUGGACUCGACCCAGCUGCGAAUGGUAGUUUGUGGCGGGCCCCUCUACAGCGCCGCAUCUGGUCGUUAUGCCUCCAUUUGGAUGUGAGUGCAUGGAUGAUUGUGUUUGUUGUUGUUUUGCGAGCAAUACAUUCGGGCGUCUCCAAUAUGUU